AUGACCGACUGGUUCGAUCAAUACUCCGCCGCUCUCGAUCUCCGCGAUGUCCGCGAGCAAGCUCACAAACCAUACAUAGAUGCCUACGCUCGCCUCGCAGACCGAAUGGCAGCCGCAGCCACCCAGCCUUUACCAUCCGCAAAUCCUACCACCUCCUCUCCAGCUCCACCCUCCCGCUCCACAACCCCAAGAUCAAAACCCAAAGACGACUCUCCUGCACUCGAACAGAACCCCCAAGACCUCAUCUCAGCUCUCCGCCACGACCUCUCAACAACCCAAAAAGCCCGCGCCCUUCUCGAAACCCGCGUUUCUGACCUCACCCAUUCCCUUUCCCAACUCCAACUCCAAUCCCGCCAAUCGACAUCCGAAAUCACCCUCUUGACAAAACAAAAACUAGAAACCGAACGAAAACUCCGCGAUGUCCAGGAAGAGAUUCGCGGGAAAGGAGACUUGGUCGAGAGAGCUCAGGAUGAAAUGGUAGCGCUGAGCCUACAAUUAAACAUGGCGGAGCAGAGGUCCGAGAAAUUGGUACGGGAGAAUAAAGAAUUGGUAGAGAGAUGGAUGAAGAGGAUGGGAGAGGAAGUCGAACGGGUUAAUCGGGAUUCGAAGUGGGAGUGA